GAAGGAAAUGCGUUUUUAGCUCAGGAGCAUAGCACAGUAGGAGCAGCUUUUCUCUCCUCCGUUAACGUUUGCCAAGACUUGCUCGAACCGAGCUCCGCUGUGUUUACCCCGGCUACUCUGCGUGCAGUCCUGCGGACCCACAUGAGUCCCGUGGGCCGCUGUGAUUGAUGUUUUGGUGAAGCGCCAGCAGUUGACGGAGUUUUCCUCUGGCCCAAGAAGGUUGGUGAAUGUCUUUCACUGGGAGUUUGUUUAUCUGUAGAGACUGGUUUGCCUGCUCCCUGGCUGCUGCGCCUGGUGCUUCAGUUGGGCUUGGGGAAGAAGAGUUUCUAUCAGAAAAUGGGUAAGAAGAGUCGAGUGAAAACUCAGAAAUCAGGCACUGGUGCUACAGCAACUGUGUCACCAAAAGAAAUCUUGAACCUGACCAGUGAACUGUUGCAGAAAUGCAGCAGUCCUGCGCCUGGUCCUGGGAAGGAGUGGGAAGAGUAUGUGCAGAUCCGGUCCCUAGUUGAGAAAAUACGGAAAAAGCAAAAAGGUCUCUCCGUUACUUUUGAUGGAAAAAGAGAAGAUUACUUUCCUGAUCUAAUGAAGUGGGCCUCUGAAAACGGGGCUUCUGUCGAGGGUUUUGAAAUGGUUAACUUCAAAGAAGAGGGCUUUGGUUUGAGAGCAACCCGAGAUAUCAAGGCAGAAGAAUUAUUUUUAUGGGUUCCUCGGAAAUUACUAAUGACUGUUGAAUCGGCUAAAAAUUCAGUGUUGGGGCCCUUAUAUUCUCAAGACCGAAUUCUUCAGGCCAUGGGAAACAUCGCACUGGCCUUCCAUCUGCUGUGUGAGCGAGCCAGCCCCAGCUCCUUCUGGCAGCCCUAUAUUCAGACGCUCCCCAGUGAGUACGACACCCCUCUCUACUUCGAAGAGGACGAGGUUCGGUAUCUUCAGGCAACACAAGCCAUUCACGAUGUUUUCAGCCAGUAUAAAAACACAGCUCGGCAGUACGCCUAUUUCUACAAAGUCAUCCAGACCCAUCCUCAUGCCAACAAACUGCCCUUGAAGGAUUCUUUCACUUAUGAGGACUACAGGUGGGCAGUCUCUUCUGUUAUGACACGACAAAACCAGAUCCCUACAGAGGACGGUUCUCGGGUGACCCUGGCUCUGAUUCCUGUGUGGGACAUGUGCAACCACACCAACGGCCUGAUCACUACUGGUUACAACCUGGAAGAUGACCGCUGUGAGUGUGUUGCCCUGCAGGACUUCCGGGCUGGAGAGCAGAUUUACAUUUUUUAUGGCACUCGGUCAAAUGCAGAGUUUGUGAUCCACAGUGGUUUUUUCUUUGACAAUAACUCCCACGACAGAGUGAAAAUAAAGCUGGGAGUGAGUAAAAGUGACAGGCUCUACGCCAUGAAGGCUGAGGUCUUGGCCCGCGCCGGCAUCCCCACUUCCAGCGUGUUUGCGUUGCAUUUUACGGAGCCACCCAUCUCUGCCCAGCUUCUGGCUUUUCUCCGAGUAUUCUGCAUGACCGAAGAAGAAUUGAAAGAACAUUUGCUGGGAGACAAUGCCAUCGACAGAAUCUUCACCUUGGGUAACUCUGAAUUUCCUGUCAGCUGGGACAAUGAGGUCAAACUUUGGACGUUUCUUGAAGAUAGAGCCUCGCUUCUGUUGAAAACAUACAAGACAACUAUUGAGGAAGAUAAGUCCGUCUUGAAAAACCAGGACCUUUCUGUUCGUGCCACAAUGGCCAUCAAAUUGCGUUUAGGUGAGAAAGAGAUUUUGGAGAAAGCUGUAAAGAGCGCAGCUGUCAACCGGCAAUACUACCGCAAGCAGAUGGAGGAAAAGGCUCCACUUCCCAAAUACGAAGAGAGUAACCUUGGGCUGUUGGAGAGCAGCGUGGGGGACUCGAGGCUGCCCCUGGUUCUGCGGAACCUCGAGGAGGAGGCCGGAGUGCAGGAGGCCUUGAACAUCAAAGAGGCCAUCGGCAAAGCGAAGGCCACAGAAAACGGGCUCGUAAACGGCGAAAACUCUGUCCCCCACGGGACCAGGUCCGAGAGUGAAAGUUUAAAGCAGGACGGAAGUAAAAGGGCCAUGGAAGACACCCAAGGGUCUUGUUUGGACAGCACGGGUGGAGCUAAGGAGUAGCUCCGCGAGGAGGCUCGAGCUGGCAGGCGGUUCAGGCCAGCAGGAGCUUAGGACAGCCCAUCCCCGUCGCCGUGUUUCCGUGUUGACACUUUUCUUUCUGCAGAGAGGAGAAUAUGUUUUUGCUGCUUUGUACGAAAAUGGUUUUUUUAAGUUAUUUUAAAAAUCUAGCUGCCCUUUUUGAUUAAGAUGGCCAUCUUGCUUCUAGGCGAAACAAACCAGUUAGCAAAUCACAUCAACAAAGGGGAAAGAGGUGCCUUGGCAGAUUCCGCAGGCCUGUUGCGGGCAAAUGUGUUUUCUUCCUGGGGAAGAACGCCAUUCCCCCAUGUGCUGUGCCUUGGUGGGUCUGUCAUCUUGACAGCCAGAAUCAGCGCUCGCUCUGCCUGCCGCCAGCAAAAGCUGGGGGUGGGACUUCAGGCAUUUGGGGUGAAGGCGGGGAAGGUGCACAGCCGAGGCAAAGUGGGAAACCUUGGAGUUGGGGCAAAAGCUUUGGUUUUCCUCCUAAAAAAAAUAACACCGUAGUACCAAAAGCAAAGGUAAGGUGGCACCCUUAUUUUUAAUAGUUUUAAAUGUUGAUGAUAAUCCUAAUUAUAUAAAUAUAUAUAUAUAUAUAUAUAAACACACACACAUAUAUCUCUAGUGAUUUCUAAAGAUUUGUUUACUUUUUGUGUUUUGUUUUACUGUACUAAGAACUUGUCCUUUCUCCUUGAAUCAAAGUAGGACAUGCAUCAUCCUCCUAAUUUUAAAUGUUGGCUCUGAUUUUAAAGCGAUGCGUUUGAUUCCAGCCUUGGUAGAGGGGAGUUUGCAAACACACAGCAGCCUACAGCUUUACGUGGCGGUGUUCAGAGCAAGGCUUUUCUGGUUUUCACAACAAGCUAGAGAUUUUCAAAGCUCCACUUUUGAGUAAAAGCCCUUAUUAAAAGAAAAACAUGAUUAAGA